AUGAAUUUAAUAAAAAAUUUUUUAGCUGGGCUUAUUGGUAAGAAUGCAUGUCAGUCAGGUUAUGAUUUUGAUGUAUAUAUUCACCGUGGAGCUGGUGCUUACAUAUGUGGGGAGGAGACUGCAUUGAUUGAAUCAAUUGAGGGAAAACAAGGCAAACCAAGAUUAAAACCUCCUUUUCCUGCUGAUGUUGGUUUAUUUGGAUGUCCAACAACUGUUUCAAAUGUAGAAACUGUGGCAGUAGCACCUACUAUUUGUGGUUCAUGGUUUGCUAGUUUUGGCAGGGAAAAAAAUUCUGGGACAAAAUUAUAUUGUAUUUCUGGUCAUGUAAACAAUCCAUGUACUGUUGAAGAGGAAAUGAGUAUACCACUUAAAGAUCUUAUUGAGCGUCAUUGUGGUGGUGUUCGUGGUGGUUGGGAUAAUCUUUUAGGUAUUAUACCAGGUGGUUCAUCAGUGCCUGUGAUACCAAAGCAUAUUUGUGAUGAUGUAUUGAUGGACUUUGAUGCAUUACGUGAUGUUCAAUCUGGAUUAGGUACAGCUGCUGUAAUUGUGAUGGAUAAGUCUACAGAUAUUGUUCAUGCAAUUUCUCGUUUAUCUGCAUUCUAUAAGCAUGAAAGUUGUGGUCAAUGUACUCCAUGCAGAGAGGGUACAACUUGGCUUAUGAGUAUGAUGAAACGUUUUGAGAAAGGUUAUGCAGUGCCUAGAGAGAUUGAUAUGAUGGAAGAAUUAUCAAAACAAAUUGAAGGACAUACGAUUUGUGCUUUAGGAGAUGCUGCAGCUUGGCCUGUUCAAGGAUUAAUUAGGCAUUUCCGUCCUGAAUUAGAAGCUCGAAUGAAAUCUUAUGCAGAUGCACAUCCUGAUCAAGACUUGUCAAAAAUUUCUUCUGCAGCACCUGGACUAUAA